AAUGGAGAAGAUGUCGUAUAAUAUAGUACUGGCAAAAACUUGUAAGUGGUGGUAUGUGGUCAUGGAUGUUUAGUUAGCUUGGACACCGUAAGUGGUCCCAAGCCUUGGGUGGUGGUGACGGCGAACACAUACGAACCUGUGCAAAUAUGGCGGGCGUAGUUGGACUCUCUCAUCUGCCGUAUAUGGUCAAAAAAUGUAUUAAGUGCUGUGUAUAGUUAAUCUCACAUGUGUGGAAUAUAAAUAUACAUUUCUUCGUUCAACGACAGAGCUAAUCUAUUAAAUGUGCAUUUUUCCCCUUCGCUGUACCGCACCCACGCUUUUACAUUGAAAGCCAUGACAGGUAGUGACGUAAACGCUACCCCGCUAUCCCUGCUGUUAGCUGUUAGCUUGCAUUGUUACUCAGCUGAGUUCAAGCUACUAGGGGGCUAGGCUGUGUGUUUUGAUACGACUUCAGUUAGCUAAUUUCAUAAGUACAACUUCCUGGGAGACGUUUGUCAAUUUUUUCAGUAAACGAACACCAAUCGUUAAACUUUUGAUUUGGGGAGUAGAAAUAAACAGCUGACUGAAUGGCUGAAGGAUCCUCAGACCCCCCAGACCUCAAUCCGGAGGCCAUGUCUCAUAAAAAGCCAAACCAGUACAAAUCCAGAUGGGGUCAGCCCAGACACAACCAUGACAGACCCUUCACUGGCCCCACGAAACAAUAUGGACACUCUCAUCACCCAUUCGGCCAGCAUAAUAAUUCACAGCAUCCUGACCAUCCUCCCUACCAGGGUGAGACAGGCGGCAGGAGGCGAGGUAGAGGGCACAGAGACGGACUACGAGGUCCAAAUGAGAACUUUCGUGGCUCACGAUGGCAAAGACCACGAAGUGAUUAUGCCGGUCACAGUCGAGGUUUUGGUGGCUACCAGUCAGACGAUGGACCCGAUGGGAUAAACUGGCGGCGAGAGAGACCGCCGCCACCAGAUGACGACAAAAGAGAACACCAGGAAAGCACCCAGAACCGCAGGAGGACCAGUCCAGACUCCCAAAGAGAUUUCCGGAGUCAGGGGAAACGACGACAACGCACAAUCAAGCCGCCGCCACCACCCCAGGAAGAGCGUGGUACCGACAGGGGAGCCACUUGCCAUGACAACCUCGGCAGACGACACCCAGGGCUCCAUCAAAGAGGGCAGAGGAGACCGCAGAACCACAGAAGGAACUUGGACAAAAUACCAGAGAGCAAAGAGACUCAGACAGGAUGUCUGAUCGAGCAGCUGUCAGAGGAGAAGUAUGAGUGCAUGGUGUGCUGCGAGGUGAUCCGCCUCAUGGCUCCCAUCUGGAGCUGCCAGAGCUGCUUCCACGUCUUCCACCUGAACUGCAUCAAGAAAUGGGCUCGAUCCCCGGCCUCGCAGGCAGAUGAGUCAGCAGACGGCUGGCGUUGCCCCGCGUGUCAGAAUGUCGCACUUAAACACCCGACCUUCUACACCUGCUUCUGUGGUAAAGUGACAAACCCCGAGUGGCAGCGCAGUGAGAUUCCUCACAGCUGUGGCGACAUGUGCGGGAAGAAGAGAAGUGGGGUGGACUGCAACCACCCCUGUAACAUCUUGUGUCACCCAGGACCUUGUCCACAGUGUCCAGCUUUUGUGACCAAAUCCUGUGUCUGCGGAAGAACCAGUCAGCCGAUGCGCUGCGGCCAGGCUUCCCUCCUCCACUGUGACAAGGUGUGUGGAGUUCCACUCAACUGUGGCCAACACACGUGCACUCAGGUGUGCCACAGCGGGCCCUGCCAGCCCUGUCAGCUGCAAGUCCAGCAAGUCUGCUACUGCGGAGUUACGCCUCGUGAAGUCCUGUGCGGCACGGAUAAAGACAUGAUCGACGGUUUGGGGAAUUUCUCCUGUCAAAAAACAUGCACAAAGAUGUUGGACUGUGAAGCUCAUCAGUGCCAGCAGCCGUGCCACCGCGGCUCUUGCCCCCCGUGCCCUCGCUCGCCGACCACGGUGAAGACUUGCCCCUGCGGCCAGACGCCGCUGACUAAGCUCCUGGAGUUGGGCUACUCUGAGCGACAGAGCUGCUCUGACCCUAUCCCCUCCUGCGGGAAGACAUGCAGCAAACCCCUGGCCUGUGGCUCCAAUGACACUAUCCAUCUCUGUGACAAGCUGUGCCACGAGGGCGCCUGUGGGCCCUGCUCCCUGACUUCUACCAUCAGAUGUCGAUGUGCGUCCAAGACCAAGGAGGUGCCGUGUGCUACAAUCCAAAAAGAGGAGGAGCUUGACUUCACCUGCGAGAAGCGCUGCAGCAAGAAACGCUCCUGCGGGCGACACAAGUGUGGCGAGCUGUGCUGUGUGAGCACAGAGCACAGGUGUCCGCAGAUCUGCAGCUACAAGCUCAACUGUGGCCUACACCGCUGCCAGGAGCCUUGUCACCGUGGCAACUGUGAGCCCUGCUGGCAGUCCAGUUUUGAUGAGUUGACAUGUCACUGCGGGCUCUCUGUGUUGUACCCGCCCAUCCCGUGUGGCACCAGCCCACCCGAGUGCAAGAACGUGUGUACGAGAAGACAUGAGUGUGACCAUCCUGUGUUCCACAACUGCCACAGUGAAGAGAAAUGCCCCCCCUGCACAUACCUAACCCAGAAAUGGUGCAUGGGAAAACACGAGCAACGCAGCAACAUCCCCUGUCAUCUGCAAGACAUCUCCUGUGGCCUCUCCUGUGACAAAGCACUUCCCUGCGAGAUGCACCGCUGCAAAAGAAUCUGUCACCGGGGCGACUGCUUGGCGGGCGGCAGCUGCAAGCAGCCGUGCACGCUGCCCCGCGCCGACUGCGGCCACGCGUGCUCCGCCCCCUGCCACACGGGCGCCGCCUGCCCGCACAACCCCUGCAACGCAAAGGUGGCGCUGCAGUGCGACUGCGGUCGAAGGAAAGAAACGGUGUCCUGCACUGAAGCUGCCAGUUCUUACCAGAGGUACGCCGCCAUUGCCAUGGCCAGUAAACUGUCAGACAUGCAGCUGGGAGACUCCAUGGACAUCGGCCCGCUCCUUGCUAAGAAGGAGCUCAAACAAACCAGGCUCCAAUGUGACGAGGAGUGCGCCGCCCUGGAGAGGAACAAGCGCCUGGCCAAGGCCUUGCAGAUAGACCCCUCCUCGGACCCCUUCAACAUGCGCUCCACCUCGGUAUACAGCAACAGCCUCAAGGAGGAUGCCAGAAAAGAUCUUAAAUUUGUCUCAAGUGUAGAAGAGGCGAUAAAGAAUCUUGUUGAUCUUGUUUCUAAGGGCAAGCAACCAAAGCGGAGCCACUGCUUCCAGCCCAUGAACAGGGAACGCCGUAAGGUCAUCCACGAGCUGGCCGAGGUCUACGGCGUGGAGAGCGUGAGCUACGACAGCGAGCCCAAGCGCAACGUAGUCGUCACGGCACACAAGGGGAAGUCCAUCUGUCCAAAAUCCACUUUGACCUCGCUGAUCGAGCGAGAGACGACCACCAGGGCUCCCGUGCCCAUCGCUCAUAUCAAACAGUCCAGCGGCAGGGCCUCCAGCGCCACCACCUGGUCCAAGCUGGUUAAAGAAGAACCGGCAAUAGAUUAUUUUGAUGUCCAGGACUGAAAAAAAACAUGAAAUAACUGCAAUAAUAAGAUAUAAAUGCUGCUUUUUGGAUGAAGCAUGAAUCCUGAAUCAAGAUUGUAAAGCCUCUUCUUGUAUGCAAGCACUUCCUGAGAAGAGCCAUUUCAAAUAAAGAUGUCAA